AUGAAAUAUAUACCCCGAAAAUAUCGAGAGGCGCAGUCAGAUUGGUUUGCGAAGCGAGGAUUGCCAUGGCACAUUAGCGUUGCCAUAAGACGGUCAGAGGGUUCUGAGCACUUUGAAUCACAGACACCUGUUCACGUAUUUCAAAGCUGCGCCCAAGACAGUGUGACUGUGGUUUCGAUUAUGCUUGACUGCCUCACUACCCUGAAAAAGGAAAUUCCAGAGCUGGAAAUGGCUUAUUACAAACAAGAUAACGCUGGCUGUUAUCACAGCGGAAAUUCAAUCAUCUCAGCUAAGCUGGCCGUUGAUGCCAUGGGAGUGGCUGUUGUAAGAAACGACUUUUCGGAUCCUCAAGGUGGAAAAGGGGUAUGUGAUCGCAAAGCGGCAAUAAUCAAGGGAAGGUACGUUGGAAGGUACGUAAACGAAGGCAAUGAUGUCAUCAACGCUCUACAGUUCAAAACAGCCAUUGAAUCUGGCCAAGAAACCACAGGAGAGAAAGCAAGUUAUGUUGCUGCCAAACCGUCAAACACCUUUAAUAUCAAAUGGGAUGGCAUAAGCUUACUCAACAAUUUUGAGUACGAUGAAAGUGACACAUGAGUGUGGAGAGCAUUCAAUGUGGGUUCCGGUAAAGUAGUGCCAUGGGCCAAGUUCGAAGGAGUCAUGAAGUAG